AUGGAUCCAAGUCUCUAUGAUGGUCAUAAAGUUAUCUUUGAUGAAUUAAUGCCAGUCGAAGUAAAACUUUUAGAUGAUGAUGAGGGGGUUAUAGAAGAGCUCAGAAUAAGAGUUUUAAUUUUGGGAGAUGAAAGACAACCUAUGAAUAUAAAAAUAGAGAUUACUAGUGAAUCAGACAUUUUCUUUUUCUACUAAAAUACAACAAAUGAAGAGAAAUUUAGAGUAAUUCAGGAAUAAUAAAAGCUUUCCCUCGACUAUCAUGAUUUCACAGGAAUGGUAUUGAAAAUUUUAACAACUUAUAACGAGGAAAGGAAAGCUUAUUUGGAAUUUUUCCAGGACACAGAAUAUAGAAGGGUUGAAAUGCUUAAAAUAGACUUAGAGGAAUGUGAUGAUGAUAUAAUUAAGAAUCAUAUUACAUACCGACUGUCUGCAACAAAAUAAAAGACUAUUAUGAUGCAGGAAAGAGUCAAGGAUAUCAUGGCUAUAGUAGAAGAGAAAAAUCCAAUUCUAAUGCAAGAAAUUUAUAAAGUAUCGCCCUCUAUUUACUCAAGACAAUGA